AGAUGGCGGCAGAGAGAAAGAAAAUAAAAUAAUUCUCACAUAUUUUGCUGUCGACUGUCAAGACAUAGUCUCUAUACCACAAAAUACAAAAUAUUCCGUCUAAAAUUACUAGAUGUGUCUGUGGUAGAGACUGUUUUUUAUGCCAAUCUCACGUGUUUACCAACAUUUCUAUCGACUAGGACGUUAUGAAAUCAACAUACGAACCAAAGUGCAACACAGGUGACUCCCACGUUUGUAGCAAUUCUUAGGUAAACAGUGAAGUGAGACAGUUUAAAGAGUGUGGUUAAAAAAGUGGUGUGAAGUAGUGAAUCACCAUGUCCACAUCAUAUUCAAUGACUCCGGAAAGCGAUGCAUGGGCCCUUCUCGCUCUAAAAUCGGCUCCCGCGAGUCCUUCGAAGGUACAGUGGAGCCCCGACGUAAAAGGGGAACCGAUUGCUCGAAUAGAAGGCCGUGAAUUCGAGUACCUCGUUCGGCAGGAUCGGAUUAUUAUAGGUAGGAACAGUUCACGUGGUGAUGUAGAUGUAAAUAUGGGACAUUCUAGUUUUAUUUCGCGAAGGCAUUUAGAAGUUUUCUUCGAACACCCUUAUUUUUACAUGCUGUGCAAUGGAAAAAAUGGUGUAUUUAUCGAUGGAGUAUUUCAGAGGAAAGGAGCCCCUUCAAUCAAGUUACCCAAGACGUGCACCUUUAGGUUUCCCAGUACAAAUAUCCGAUUAUCGUUUCAAUCGUUGGUCGACGACAAUUCGGAGCCACCUCCUAAAGUCAGGGAGGUUUCGCCGAGCAGGAUAAGGGAUCGUUCAGGGGGUGGAAGCGGGUCUACGCUCCACCCUCUGAGAAUCAAUAUCCCCGAUGGUGUAGACUAUGGUAGUCCAUUCCCUUCGCCUACUGGUACCAUCAGUGCUGCCAAUAGUUGUCCAGCUAGCCCACGUGGUGGUCACGGAUCUCACAGCAGUAACCAUGGUAAAAGAAACGUUCAAGCAGAUCUGCAAAUGGUAGCCCAAUAUGCUGCUCAAGUCGCCCAUCGAGAUGACACUCAUCAUGUUCCUCAAAGCCAUAGUCCUGACUACAGACAACCUACUUCAAAUGGAAACUCGAUGCCUUCCGUCGUGGUAAGCGAAGUACCAUACGGAGCAAGCAGUAGCAGUAAAGAUGAUUCGAAGCCGCCAUACUCGUAUGCGCAGCUUAUAGUACAAGCAAUAGCAAGUGCACCCGAUAAGCAGCUUACCUUAUCUGGAAUAUAUAGUUAUAUAACAAAGCACUAUCCUUACUAUCGUACGGCCGACAAGGGUUGGCAAAACUCAAUUAGACAUAACCUUAGUCUUAACAGAUAUUUUAUUAAGGUACCGAGAAGUCAAGAAGAACCAGGUAAAGGUUCGUUUUGGAGAAUUGAUCCUCAGUCUGAAUCGAAAUUAAUUGAACAGGCAUUUAGAAGAAGGAGACAGCGAGGCGUCUCGUGUUUCCGAGCACCAUUUGGUUUAAGUUCCAGAAGUGCCCCUGCUUCUCCUUCACACGUUAGCAUGUCGGACAUAAUGACGCCAGAGUGUUUAUCGAGAGAAGGUUCCCCUACGAUGGAGCACCUCGUCGACAUCAGUCAGUCUGCACCAGGAAGUCCCGGUAAUCCGGUGACCGCAUACGCUGGCUCUGGAGGUAUGAUAGGUCAUCAACAAAUGUCGGCAUUGGUAGGUGCCACUAAGGCUAGAUUAUUGUUGCCUCAUCCUGUUGACAAUAUUACAGAAGUUACUACUUCCAAUGGGCAAGAAUAUAGAGAAGAAAAAUUCAAUAUUGAAGAAAGGUCAAUGUCUCCAGGAGGAUUUUCAUCACAACCUGUUAUAGUUCAAGCUGCAAACUAUGCUUACAGCACCGGACAUUACUCUAACAUCGGUAUGGAUUUGAAGAGGCAUAUGGACGAACAAAGCGUGGGAAGUCCUUCUAGUUCUGGAGAAAAUUUAGAUGGAGAAAUUGAAAUUAAAAGACCCAGAUUCGGUCAAGUGAAGUUCGAGACGGAAUAAAAUUCCCGAUAGUGAAAAUCGUCAGCGAUCUUAUUGUGCUUUAAAAAAAUUACUUGGAAUCCAUAGACAUAUGGAACAAAACUCACAAUUUAUCGAAAGUAGAUUCGUCAUCAUUUAUGUCAGACAUGUUUAAUAAUAGUAUUUUCUCUAUUUAGAAAGUAUUUCUUUAUUAAUUAUCCCAAAGUAAUUCACGUACAGUGUCUGCCAAAACUUCAGAAUUUGAUCAAAAUCAAAGCUAAGUACAUAUACCCUUUUUACUACAAAAACAUGUUCAUUCAAGAUUCAUUGCGUCAUUCAAGAUGUCUGACGCCAGAGCAUUGCCAAAACAUUAGAAUACGACUUUUCAUCAUGGCCAUGUUUUUUGUACAGUAGGAAGCUAGGCAUCAUUACAUGUCAGAGAUAUUUUUCUUUGUUUUUGUUUACUGUACAAAUAAUAUCUAUAAUUCGUUAUUCUAAUUAGUGAUAUCAAUCGGUUUUCAUUACUUGCUAAAAUAUAUUAAUUAACAACAAUAUUAUCGUAGUGCAUAAUCAAUAAAAUUAAUAUUAUAUGUAUUCCGAUGGUGUGUGUGUUGACGGAAACAAUUAUAUAAAAUAAUAUUAAUUAAAACGCAAACAACUGUCAAUAAUAUACUUAUUUAUUUUUGGUAAUAAAAAGCGUGUUUUGCUUAUAUCUCGAAAGGGUAUGUUGUUGACCUAUUCCUACGACCGCUGGGUUGUGUCUCUCCACGGGAGACUGUGAAUCGACCCUUAGUUAUAUAUCGACUGACUGUGGCUGAAAAAAAAACCACAAACGCUAAAAUAUGUUUGUGUUUCUACAAUAUGACUAGAAAAGGCAAUAAAUUACUACAUCUGGCGUUUUAAAAGUUGAGAACCUUUCUGUAUUUUAAGAAGUUGGCAUAAAGAGCGUGGCUAGUGUAGCCUCGAAAUCUAUUAGUGUUUCCUUGAAAAAAACAUUAAUUUUAUACAAUCUGGUUUUGUGUUUUACGAACGAAAACACAUGUGAAUUUUAAAUGACCGUUUUGAGGAAAGUUAUUAAAAAAUAAAAUUAGCAAAAAUAAUAAUUAAAGCUUGUCGCCACAUAUGUACUGAAGUUUUCCACAGUUUUCACUAUAUUUCGUCACUCAACCGUUCCCUCCAGUUCUUUCUGUUUUGACAGUCCUCUUCCUGCAGAUUUCUUCUAUCCAUUGAUUCGUCCACUUUAUUUCUGAAAGAUCUUCGGGGUCUGUCCGAAGUAUAGCUUCUCAUUGUACAAUAAACAUGCCCAUGAUGAAAAGUCAUAUUCUAAAGUUUUGGCAAUGCUCUGACGUCAGAAAUCUUGAAUGACGUAAGCGUGUUUUUGUAGUAAAAAGGUUUUACUUCUAAAUUGAUAGAAAGUUUUUACAUGUCCAGGGUAAGAUGAAUAUAUGAACUACGUUUCCUUAUUUCGUAUCUUAAAACACUUUAUGGUUAUUUUACUAUACGUAUACGUACCAAUAUAAUAUUAUGAUAAGCAUCUAAUAAUCUUAAAAAGAUUAAUGUUAAUUAUUAGGACCUAGUCCGACAAUAAAUAAAUGAUGCCUCAUACUGAUUUAUAAUUUUAUACAAAGUACUAUUGAUGAAUUAUAGUCUAGGCGCCAGAGGGGUCACCGUGUGAUUUUCAAUUCUGAUGGAGAAACUCAACGGUUUCUUAUGGAUUUUUGGCUGCUGAUUACGAAUUUCGAGGGUGGAUUUCGAUCCGAGUGAUCAAAAGAUUGUUAUAAACAAUUUAAUUAUUUAUAAGGCUCUGGCUCAUAAACUAAAAGAGAUAAAAAAAAAAUUGUUUCAAAUAACAUUUGUUCCUUAAUAAAAAACGAAGAAAAAAACGUUUACUAAACUUAAAUCCAACAAUUAGAACUCAAGAUAUUGUAAAAUUAGUGCACAAUGCAAAUUGUAAAUUGCAAAAUAAGUAUUUUUCUAAGCUUUAUCGAUCGUAACUCGGCUUCUACGCAAGCAAAUGAGCUUCAGAAGGUCUCAUUUUAAAGCUUGGUUAAUAGGCUUCCAAACAAAGUUUGUUAGAUUACUUUAUCUUCAUUUGUUUUAAAGUUAUACCCGUUUGAAGUUAUAAUUUUCUUAAAAAAUUAUACAUUAAUUUGUUUAUAAGGGUUUCAAGCAAAUUUGAGCUAUAAAUAUUUAUACUUUAAUUAACAAUAAUGAUAGAAGCACUCAAAAGGAACAGUUUGAGCUUAUGAAAAUGUUCGUAAGUUUAUUUUUGGUUAAAAUGUCGAUAUUUUAAUGGCGCGCUAUGUGACAUAAGGUCGGCUCACAGUCAAAUAAGUAGGUAUUUUUCGACGCUUUAUCGAUCGUAACUCGGCUUCUACGCAUUGAAAUGAGCUUUUCAUGGUCUCAUUUUAAAGCUUAACUAAUAGACUUCCAAACAAAGUUGGCAAGAUAUGCGACCAAUAUCAAACUCAAUCCAAUUGCAUAUAAAAAGAGCAUUUUACGUGGUGUACACACAAUUAACGUGCCUCGAAGAUACUGCAAAAGAACUUGAUCCAGUUGUAUAUGGAUAUCAUAUAGAUUAGGAAACUCUGAGGCCCCAAAAAGUUUUAAUUUUAAAGCCUUCAAGAUCAGAUUUAGUACCACCAUGUGUCUGUAAAAAUUGUCCUAAGAACUUAUGCAGAUAUAAAAAAGUUGAGAUUCCCUGUAUAUCUCGAUGCAGAUGUAUGAAAGAAAAUGUCUGUAAAAAUAGUAAUAAUAAAUAAUAUCAACUUACUUUUUAGUUGUAUUUCUGAAAUAUUAGUUUUUAAUGUUUUUUUUUCUCAUUUAGUACAAAAAAUGGAAGGCAAAUUAAAUAGAAUGAAAGGUGAUACGAGGUACAGUAUGAUGAUUUAAUUAUAAAAAUUAUAUAAUAAAAUUUUAUUAGGAUCUUCAAAAAUGAAAAAUGAAGAUAACGUAUACAAUAUAUACAUAUUAUAAAUUAUAAUUUGCAUCGAGAAGUUAGCGCGUGAACCUUUACGCUGUGAGUCAAUACUUAGUAAGACAAUAGCUUUACGAUGUGAGCUUGCGUCUCAUAGCGCGCCAUUAAAAUAUCGACAUCUUGGCCAAAAAUAAAUUUACGAACAUUUUCAUAAGCUCAAAUUGUUCCUUUUAAGUUCUUCUAUCAUUAUUGUUAAUUAAAGUAUAAAUGUUUAUAGCUCAAAUUUGCUUGAAACCCUUAUAAAAAAUUAAUGCACAAUUUUUUUAAGAAAAUUAUAACUUCAAACCGGUAUAACUUUAAAACAAAUGAAGAUCAAAUAAUUUAACAAACUUUGUUUGGAAGCCUAUUAAUUAAGCUUUAAAAUGAGACCUUCUAAGGCUCAUUUGCUUAUGCAGAAGUCGAGUUAGGAUCGAUUAAGCGUUGAAAAAUACUUAUUUUGCAAUUUGCAUUGUGCACUAAUUUUACAAUAUCUUAAGUUCUAAUUGUUGGAUUUAAGUUUAGUAAACGUUUUUUUCUUGGUUUUUUAUUAAGGAACGAAUUUUAUUUGAAACAUUAUUUUUCAUCUCUUUUAGUUUAUGAGCCACAGCCUUAUAAACAAUUUAUAAACAAUUAAAUUGUUUAUAACAAUUUUUUGACCACUCGGAUCGAAAUCCGCCCUCGAAAUUCGUAAUCAGCAACCAAAAAUCCAUAAGAAAUCGUUGAGUUUGUCCAUCAGAACUGAAAAGGACACGGUGACCUCUAUUUGGCGCCUAGACUAUAACUACAGUUGGUUUAUAAUACACGAAAAAUAUCGGUAAAGAAAAAUAGCUUAAUGCAAUUUAAACAUUGUUGCCAAGUCUCAACUAUUCAACACGGCUUUUUCACCGAAUCUCUACGAUACAUUCAGUGUAAUAAUCAAUAUAAGACAAGUAGGUUAGGUAUAUAAAAUUCUAUGUACAAAAUGUAUAUUCAAUUAUAAUGGAAUAAAAGAAGGUACACGACAUGCAAAUAUUAAAAAAUAAUUGCAAAUUUUUUAAUAGAACUCCAAGAGAUGAAUAUAGAGCUUACGUAGAGUGCGAGCAUAAAGUAUGGAGACAUAAGAUACCUCUUAUCACUCCGUAUAAUAUAAUAGUAAAAUGUUGGUUAACUCCAUAACAAAUAUUCUAGAGGUGUCAAAUCUGGGGAUCUUGCUGGUCAUUCGAUAGCUCCUCUUCUUCCAAUCCAACGAUUUGGAAAUGUAUUGUGAAACUCACGAGUGUCUCGAAGAUAAGGAGGAGGUGCUACAUCUUGCUGAAACCAAAUUGAUCUGCUCACGAGAUGUGGAUUUAUAUAAUUAGGAAAGAGUCUGGCUAAUUCUGGAAUUAACUCCAAUUCUAAAAAUGCCCGGUAUUUUUCACCUAUUAUAGUUCUAUCCUAAAAAUAAGGUCCAAUAAUGGUGUUAUCAAAAAUUUCUGCUCACAAAUUGAUCUUUUGUCGAUACUGCGAAACUGUAAUAGAAGAUUGUAAAAUAUACGGAUGGUCCUAUUUAAAAAUACGCAUAUUAUCCGUAUACCUCAGAAACUGUACAUUUAGCAACGUGGAAAAUAUAAAAUUUUAAAUGGCUGGUCCAUCUAAUGCACUUAUUAUCCAACAUGUUGUUACUAUACAGUAAACUCAGUAUACCCAGAAACUUAAACCAAAAAACAAAAAUAACCAUAUACAAAACCCUUAUACAACCAGUGCUGACAUAUGGAUCGGAGACAUGGACCAUCUCCAAGGCAGAUGAAAACCUCCCGUUGAAUGAAGCAUCCUGCGAAGAAUAUUCGGUGGCAUCUGUGAAAAUGGUGUUCGGAGGAGGAGGUACAACUACGAGAUAUACCACAGAUAUAAACAUAUAUUUGGAGGUAAAGACGUGGUAUCUCUUAUAAAAAUAGGAAGACUGAGAUGGACAGGACAUCUAGCAAGAUCAUAGCAGAACAACUCUCCUAGAAGAAUCCUUGUCACAACUUGUGGGAAGUAGAAGUAGGGGUAGGCCAAAACUCAGAUGGAAGGAUGGUGUAAAUGAGGAUGGUAGAAAAAUAGGCGCAGCAAACUGGCAACGGUUGACAAUGGAUAGAACAGGGAACUUGCAUAAAUUUUUAAAUAUUAAAAUAAUAUUAAAAAACAUAAGGUAACAACGCUUGCAUGUAAAAAAAACAAAUGUUUUUCCUUCUAUUGGUCUGACGUCACGGACCACAACCGAGCUACGAGUCGAGCCCGGUUAAACGUGAUUGGGGUAUUACGGGAAUUGUAUGUAACAUUUUAAUCGCAUUUAGUUGGAAAUUACCAGAUAUUAUGUGUAAUCUUGUAUAGUUUUACAAUCAGUUUAUUUAGUUUCAAAGUGAAAUUUAUAAACCUUUAGAAAUUGGUACCUUUUAAAGUGCUUAAAACGCAUAAGUAGAUACUAUUACUCACGAGGGUUUUUCAAAAGAUAGCAAUUAGACUAUUCUGGGGAUUGUUUAGUACAUUUUAAUCGUCUUUAAUUGAAAUGCUAAGGGUAAGUUUAAUUUAACUGGACCAACUUGGGGAUUAAAAAUACAAGAUCUUAAAUAUUUACUAAUUAAUGUAACAGAUUUUGCAAAUAUUCUCGAAGCAUUGCUUUCGUUUAUGCUGUGUGUCAUGUUCUUUUUAGAGUUAAAAAUAGUUUUGAUGUAUGUUUGUGUUUUACAAUAUAUUUCUAUUAAUUGAAACGUAUACAAUCUAGGUCUGUAUUGUAACUCCAUCACUGUACACUUCAGAGACAACAUUUUAAAUUGUUUUGCUUCCUCUUCUUUCGCAUCUUCAUAACAAGAAGAAUCACUUUCAUUUUACCAAUAGUCAUCACUACCAUUAUAUUCACUAUUAUAUUCAAAUACAGAACGUCCUGAAGGUUUUUAUAGGUGAAGUUCAUGCAUCCUUGUUAUGUAUUUUCAAUGGCGACAACCCGACUACAACACUCCUUUGAAAUUUACACUGAAUACUUUUACUUCCGAUUUUGAUGUAUUAUUCAGUUUUUGAUGUAAAGCUGGUUGGUUUAAUUCAGGUCCUGGUUGAACUAAGUUUGUUAAACUAGGAUCACACUGUCUCUUAUCAUCAUUGUCCUCUAGAACAGAGUUAGAUGUGGAAGCGGUAUCUUCAAGAAGCUGACGUUUUUAAGGGCUGCUUCCCUCAUGGGCUCAGAAAAAGUUCGUUUUCUGUCUGGUUAACAAUCAAAUAUGUGCGGGACAACACCUGACUUAAUAAUUUUGGGACCACCCAUAAUCUUGAAUUUAUAUAGUUAUCCAUGUCUUGUUCCAACUGCAACAAAUAAACAAGUUUAAGUAGGCACAUUUCAUGAAACGACAACUGCCUAAUAUUUUUUCUUGAAAUAGAAAAUGUCUUAUUAGUAUUAGGUACCUAAUUAGAUAAAUACUCACAUCGAAAUAAUCGUCACAGACAUAAAUACCUUUGCUACUUUGUGAAAUAUCCUUUUUAUCUCGCCUGCAUGCCUUUAGCCAUUUCAAGAGUAAAAAAAGAAUGUGUGUGUACUUUGUACGCACGUAAGAAGAUAUUCUUCUAUUAUAUAGGUAAUUUAAACGAAGUAGGUAAAUAUACUUAACAGGCUAUUUGUAUUUUAUUUAAAAAUUAAAAUAACGAAAAAUAAAAAAAGUAUGAAUCGUCCAGGAUUAGAACCCGCGACCUUCCGUGUGCUUCCGUUCUCUGUCCCACCGCUCUGCCAACUACGCCAUCGAGCCACUUGAAUUGACACGUAAGUUUCGGAUAUAAUUACACAACACGGCGACAAACUGUAAAAAUGUUAUGCCUACAUAUUUUAUUAUUUUACUACAGGGAAACACAAAUUCAAAAACACAAGAAUUAUAAUAAAUAAUACAUUUCCUAAAACCACUAAUAUAUUCUUUUAAUGACUUAUUUGCACGGUUACAGAUACAUAUGUACAUACCUAUCUUGAAAGAUUAGCAAUGAACUACAUACUGUCAGAACUACAUACUGUCAGUGUGCGCAGGCGCGCGGUAAAUGUACAAUUUUACCCUCAAUCGAUUCGCCGCUAAAGAAGAAUAUCUUCAAAAAAAUUUAUUGGAUGUUCUGACAGUUGUGCUUUGGCAUUCCGGCACUAUAUAGUUCUUAUAUUGCGCAGAUUUGUUUUCCAUUUUGAUAAAGUAUAUCAUACACUAAAUACAAUAAUAUAAACACCGAGCAAACAAGACAGUUAUUUGACACGCACAACUAGCAAUGGCAAAAUGCAUUCAAUGCAAUAGCUCACCGAACGGGCGAACGAGAACACUGUGGUUGGUGACGUCAGACCCCAGCUCGCGCUUUUGAAGUUGUUUGAAACGGAAAUUUUGGACACGGAACUAUUAUCAGUUGUUGUACGUACACUAUUCAUUGUUAAGAUGUAAUAUUUUGAAUAUAACAUUUUUAAACAUUAAUUAACAAUUUUAUGCAAAAAUAUUUUUAUGUGCAAGUUCCCUACUGACUGGCGUAAUAGACUUGGGAAGGCCGAGGCUCUUUUAUAGGGCUGUAGCAUCAUUGCUGAUGAUUGUUACUAUAUCAUACGGGAUGUCAUACAUAUUUUUAUGUUUUCGCACUGUAUAUAUUACAACACUGCAAGCUUAGUCUACUCCUACUCUUUGGUCACUCAGAAGGCCUCUGCUGCGAUGUGAGUAAGUGAGUUUAGUAUUAAUAAUUGUACUAUUAAGAUAUGUAUGUUUUAUACUAGCACUUAAACAAGGAAAAUAAAAUGUUACGUUGCUUUAAUUUAUCAAAUUUUUCUUUCGGUAUUGAUUUUAUCUGUUUUUCCUAAACAAAGUCGUUGAUAAAUUAAAAAAUGAUUUUAGUAAGAAAUAAAGAAGAUUUCUGAGUAAAUUACUAUUUAUUAAAAAAAUAUAUUUCAGUACAUGUUUUAUUCAUCUAAUAUUGGUUUAUAAAUGUAACCAGUUUUAACCUUUUUUUAACUAAAGUGGAAAGACUCUAAACCGACUAGGGAAGGUACUAUUAGAUCUGGAAAGGAACAAAUGCUAUUAGAACAUAGCAUCCAGUCCCGUCCCUUCUUCAAACAAGGCACCCCCGGACGAGUUCCGUUCAAUCGGUGAACGAAACAUUGGGGGUACCUUGCGCAGUCUGAAAAUUCGACAGGAAAACUUAAAAUAACAUGAAGAGGCAGUAUUGCAAAGAAACAAAAAUAUGGUAAGAUAAAAAGUGCUGGUGUAUGUGGUCUAACAAAGGGGAACGUAAAAAUAAAAGAGGAGGAGGUCUUAAAAACAUCUUAAGCAAUAUAGUUAUAGAUCUGGCUAUAAAGGUGCCGUCUAUUCCAUCGUGAGGCCAGGCUGUAAGGGACCAUGACCGCAUUAUAUGAAAUUUGUACCUUAUCCACUCUGUUCCUGUCACGCUCUUUCUAGCGUCUCCUUUUUCUGUUUUUAUUUGCGUAAUUAGGUCCACAGUACCAUCGUAGACUUAUUUGUUCUCCAUCGCUUUUUGUAUCAAAUUCUUAGGUUUUAUCGUUCCUAGCCUUGAUAUUGGGUUCUCUUUGGCAGUGCAAAUAAAAUUCGCUGCAAUAUACACAUAAAUCAUUUGUGAUCUUUAUUCUAUAUAAUUAAUACGCGACCUAAAGGAGGCAUGGCCAGUGAGAAAUUCUGUAAAAUAAUAAUUUAACCUUCUGAACCCGCAUUUGGUUCGUCGGUCAGAUAGCCUAGUGGUCUGAGGCGCUCGAUUGACAAAUUGACGGUGAAUGGAAAAAUAAAAAAGGCUAACGUCGUAGUCUAAAAUUCUAAAGAUCGCUGGUGUCUGAUCGGCCUAUGGAGGAGCGGUAAGGCAAGGGAUAAGGUCUUGCGGCUUGGUGAUACUCCUCCAUGGAUCCCUACUGGAAGGGCGUUGACGCCUAAAAACGGUGUAUAUAUACCUGCAUUUGGACCACCUUACCACACCAGGGAUUAACAUUUUAGUUCUUUGAGCCUUCGCUUUUUGUGCCUCCCAUUCAUUUUUUCAUUUUUAGAGCAUACCUAUGUGAUCUUACUUCCGGUAGAUUAUCGUUUUCUCUGGUUUCUUUUUCUUUAGGUAGGAGGUGAAUGGGAAGAGUACCCGUUAUGACCUUUAGGGCAGUCGUAGAAGUAGUCAGGUACGCUCUUGCUACCUUUGGAAGGGUUUUCUUUAUGCAUUUGUUAGCAGUUCUUGAUAUAUAGAAAUAGCUAGCAAAUGUAAAUUUUACAAUUUUUAGUGUUGGAAUAACAUUACACCCCGUUAAUACUAGAAAAAUUUUUAAUUAGAUAUUAGCAUCUUUUCACUAUCAAUAUUUAGUUUACAUGACUUUAAAAUAAAUUAUGUAUAUUCGUUGCAAUAAAUCGAGCAAUAAUUUAACACCAAUAUUAAUAACAAGUAUAGCUUUUGAUAUAAAAUAAAAAGAAAACUAAAAAAGACAGUUGUUAAACCAUAAUUUCUACAAACAUAUUAUAAUACAAAAAAUGUCAUUCAUAGGGCCGGUUGUUCGAACGCUAAUCAAAAAUGAUCAUUAUCAAAUAUUUAAUUACUGUCACCAACUGUCAAUGUCAACUUUGUUUGAGUUGCUGAAAACAUAAUUAUGGACUACAAUUAUGAAAUUAGUUAAUCAAUUAUGUUAAUAAUUGUUAUAUUAAUUGAUUAACUAAUCUCAUAAAUAUAAUCAAUUGUUUUCAGCAACCCAUUCAAAGUUGACAUUGACAGUUGGUGACAGUAAUUAAAUAUUUGAUAGUGAUCAUUGUUGAUUAGCGUUCGAACAACCGGCCCAUAGUAUACAUAAGUUCGAUUUUACUGUAUUAGGUAAUUUUUUGCUCUUACGCCAAUAAUCUCUUUUUGUUUUUAUCAUUUUCAAUAAUAGAAAUAAUUUAUUUAUUUAGCGUAUGGCGUACAUGGACAAUAUAAUUAUAAACGAUUAUUUCAUUCAUAGAGAUUCUGACCAAUAGGAACCUACAAGAAUAAAAAUUAGAGCGGUAAUUUUUUUCGAUAAUUUCCCGUAGUCAAGUACCUAUUACGUCAGAUGCCCUUCGUUGCUACGCAAAAAUGAACAUCCAGUGAUAUUAAUGACAAUUAAUGUUUUACAACUUGUCAAAUAGAACACCAUGAACAGGUUUAGCAAAUAUUCAGGCGAAGAUAUCAAUAAAAUAUUAGUUAAAAUGAUUUAAAAGACAGUUUUAUUCAUAAAAUAAUCUUGCCGAAUUACAUUAUAACUCUUAAAAAUUAUCGAUUUGUUUUGCCCUCGUGACAUAAUUUCACUCCCCUUCGGGUCGUGAAAUUAAGACUGUCGAAGUGUCACUCGGGACACAAAUCGAUAAUUUUAGAGCUCUCAUGUAAUUACUACUGAUAAUAAAGCAAAACACAAAUAUAAAUAUGUAUACAGGGUGUCCCCUAAAAUAGUGCGUUCCUUAAAGGUAUAGGUAGAAGGCACCAUGUAAAGCAAAAAAGUCUUAUACCAUUUUUUUCUAAAUUCAGCCGUUUGGCCAAAAAACCAAAAUACAUUUUGGUAUGCAAAUUGAAAUCUGACAACUAUGUAUACAAAAAUCUAAACAUAGACAAUCACAAUUCAAAAAUAGUUGCAGCAUGGGUCUUUGGUAUUUACAUUAACGUCUUCCUCCUCAACAAAGAAACAAAUUCUUGUUUUGUUUGAUUUUCAAACAUGGGGUGGUAUAAUUAUUUUGCAGGUGUCUACUUGUCUGACCUACAUUUCUGGUGUCAAUGACCUAAGUCACAAAGAGUUCUUGUACAGUGAUGCCAGAUUAUUUAAUUUUAUGAAAAUAAAAGUUCGCUUAUAUGGAGAACAACGUAAUUUUUCUUUUGGAAACGGUUAACUUUAGAAAAAAAUGUUAUAGGAUUUUUUUUUCUUUAUUGUGUAUUAUACCCAUAUCUUAAAGAAACUCACUAUUUUCGGGGACACCCUGUAUACAAAAACAAAUAUACAUCAAAACAUAUAUGUAUAUGUUAAAUGUUUAAAUUAUGCCGCAGAGAGUUCUCACUGUGACAGUGUUAUAGCAGUGAAGCAUGGGCCCUGAAAGAAACAUCCAAGAACAAACUCGACACAUUCGAAAGGAAAGUACUGAGGAGAAUACUAGGACCUGCGAGGGAAAACCAAAUCUUCCGAAUUCGAUACAACAACGACCUUUAUCAACUUUAUAAGGAAACACCAAGUCAGACUUCAUUAGAAUACAAAGAUUGCAAUGAGCCGGAUAUGUGAUAAGAAUGGGAGAGGAUAUGUUACCAAAAAGAGCACUGAAUGCUAGAAUGCAGGGAAAGAGGCCGGUUGGAAAGCCAAGAAAGCGCUGAGAAGACACAAUAAGCAGCGACGUACAAGCCCUUUUAGGAGUCCGUGUAUGGAGAAGAGCAGCCACAGACAAACAAGGGUGGAGGCAAAAAAUAAAGGAGGCAAAGGCUCAAUUUGGGCUGUAGUGCCGUAGAAGAAGAAGAGACAGGAACGAGUGUUACUAAUAAUUAUAGUUUUGUGUGGAGUGCGAUCCACUCCAGUGUAGCAUGGAAGUAGUCGAUCAUGCUACCAGAGUAUGCCGUCGAGGACAUUCCAUCACAAUGUGCUCAAUGGUUUGGCGAGGUUCUAUGCAGUCGUAUGACUGCAGAGCAGAUUUGGCGCAGUUUCCAUUCGAAUAGUGAGUUGCGGCACUGCCAAUGGGAUGUUAUAAUUACGGUUUACAGUCUUUGACUUAAAGCGACUUCAUUCCAUACCUGGUAGAUGCUCAUUGCGCUUUAUGGCUACCUGUGGUGGGGCUACCCUUUCCCAGCAAAUUUUCCUCAUGUAGUUGUCUUGUCGUAAGGAGUGGGGACGACCUAGAUUUAAGUCACUUUAGUGCGAUAUCUAGGACAUCUAUAUGUAUCAGUAGCUGAGGGGUUUAUAUUAAGUAUGUUCUUAUAUUCCCUUAGAAGGCUCUCUUUUCUACGGAUGUCUGGAGGUGUACAAUCCGACAAGCGAGAGCUGGCGGGUGAUCUUAACCGCGGGUGUCGCGGAUGUGAACUCCUAGUCGACAGCAAUAGAAAUGAGCAAUCCCUUACACUUUUCAAUUUGUUCUUCGCGCAACCCGCCAGCACUCACUUGUCGGAUAGUAAUAUGGCUCAAAACAGGGGCCACGGAGUACGGGUACUUUUCAUACAUCCGCUGGUAAUCUUCAUGGUUUCAUUAUGUUUGGUGUCGAUCUUUGUUACAUGGCUGCUGUUGAGCCACAUAAUGUUUUCUUCUAUGGGAAUGUUUCCAGGUUCUGUGACUUUCCGUUUUUCAUUUUCUUUAAGGUUUGUCGUAUCUCGUCCAAUUGCUUGUACUUCGUCUUUCUUCUGUUGGUAAUAUCGUACACAACCCAUUUAUAUUUCGGAAACCUAUCCCAUGUUCUUUGAUGCUCAGUGGCUCUGUGGUUAAAGAGUAUUCUAACCAUAAUUUAUGCCAAAUAUAACAAAUUUUCGACGUAAUAGAGAAACCAGAAACCAUUUCUGGUUUCUUGAAAAAUGCGCUGAGACCGUUGCGAGAAAUAGUGUGAAUAUUAUCUUAAAUAUAUUCAGAUAAAAAUUAUAGAUUUUGCUUAUACUUCUUUUAUUUUAAGUAACCAAUGAUCACUAUAAAUUGCGCAGCGGUGUGUCUGGUGCGAUUUUUUACGCAUUUCACUGAUUGAUUUAAGAAUCGCUCAAAAAAUAACCUCUAUAAUCAUAGGUCAAAAUGCGGUUCAUGUUAUAAUCUGUGAUCAAACGGAUUUUUGUUGUGCAAUAUUUACAGUUUUAUCAGUACUAGUUUACCGGAUAAAAAAAAACUGUUUUAGAAUUACAUUGCGUAGUAAAAUUUAACAUACAACUAUGAGGGGUGAUCAAAAAUUUCAGAACCAAUCGUUAGAGAAUUAUUUCAAAAUUUUUGGAGACGGACAAUACACAUCACGUCGACCACUACACACCCUCCAGGGGGUCAGGAUUGAAGAGGUAGUCUUCUUUCUUCUUCUGUCGACGUUCCUCUUCUGCACCGCUUAUUUUUUGAAGUACCUCUCCAGGUACCUGAUUAUCUAUGCUGUAGGUUUCUAAUACUAUUUUUGGCCACCGUACCUACCUGCUUGGCUAUCAUCGGCAAUCACCUGGCUGGACCCUGAUUGGAUGGUCAAUCAGUUUAUGGGUUUCACGAUGUAUCCUCUGCAUUCUGUUUCUGCCGAGGAUAUCCCUGUUCUUAAGCUCUUCUUGUGACCUGGUGAAAGAAUCUUCUGGUCAUAUUCACAGGCACCCUUCGCAGUAGUGAGUACUGGAGACUUUCUUAGAUGGUUGGCGGUGUUUGAAAGUCUUAUCUUACCAUGACGAACCAAGAGAGUUGUGGAAUGUGGUUUAGAAAUUGUGCGAUGGUGUCCUUUCGUUUAAUAUUGUCAAAACAUCUGCCCGUCGUACAUAGGUGACGCUAGUAUUCUUUUUCUCAUGAUCAUCUUUCAGUGCGUCACAGUUUUUCGAUUUCUCUCUAACGCAUUAAAUUGUAUGUGACAGAAAAAAAGGCACGUCUGGGAAUACUUCGGUAAUUAUUCUAGUUCGGUGAUUAUUCUAGUUGUCGAUAGAUGGCGCCAUAAUCAAAAAAGAAUUAUUUAUUAAAUAAAAUAAUAAUAUUAUCAAUAUAAUCUGUACAAUUUAUAAGACUAUACAAAUGAAAGAAAAUACCAUUUUAUAAAUGCAAUAGACACAAUUGAUUUGGUUUUAUUCCAAAUUGAAAAUAAAAUUUGACAACUGUCAGAUUUAACUAAAAUGUCACGUUAGAAUAAAUGUCAUAAAUGUGUAUUAUCACGGACUUACCUUUUUUUCUAUAAUUUGUGACGCACUGAAAAAUGUUCAUGAAAAGGAGAAUAGUACUAAAUAUUAAAGAAGUCUAAAUGGUGGUUUUAUCAAAAUUAUGAAAAAUAUGUUAGGGGGCCCAAGUUUCCCAUACAAUUACUCAUAAUUAUAUUAAAGAACCAGGUAUAAUGAAAUUGUUAAAGAACUCCUAAGCUAGUAACUUAGGACAAUAGGGAACUUGCAUAAAAUUUUAAAUUCGAAAAAAAUGUUAUAAAUCACAACAGAACAUAAUUUAAAACAUGUAUCAAAGAUAAAAAAGUUUUGUUUGUCUUUCGUUUGGCCCCCAAGGACGAUUAAAAAUUCAAAUUAUACCAGCCAGCCCAAAACGCAUCGUGACGUCAUCGGGUUAUAUGUUUACAUUCUCCACCAACGAAGUAAACAAAAUUGUAUAUAAUUUUAAAUUAGACAUUAUAAACGUCAGUAGAAAAUACAGUUAUGUGACGUUACAAGUGUUUUUGAUCGUUUGAACUUUUCAUAGAAAAUUUGUACUUUUACAAAAUGGUUUUAUUUUCCAUAGUAAACCUUCUUUCCUUUCCUUCAAUAACUAUAUCAAACUCCAAUCUCAACAAACUGGUAUAUAUUAUUACAAUGACAUACGAUAAAUGUCAUUAGAAUAUAAAUAUUUUUCCUUUAUUCCGCGAGGACGAGCUGGCCAAAUACCCAAGUAGGUGGAGACCAAUAAGCUAAAGAAGAAGAAGAAGAAUAUACCUAAAUAUAACCAUAAACGGAACCAUAUAUGUAGUUAAACUAUGUGACGUCACGGGUCGUUUGAACUAUUUUAAAAUACAGAAAACUUUAAAUUUGUACUUCUAAGUUAUUAUGAGUUUUUGAAGCGUGAAAUUUUGGAAAUCUCAUUUUUAUACAAAACUGAACAUUAUUAUGUAAUAAAAAAAUGUGCAAGUUCACUAUUAUUGAAUAACAUAACAUUCGAAUAGGGAAUAAUGAAAAUAAUUUAUUAAAUUAUUUUUAUAAACGUUAUAACCUAGUAAAUGUAUUUAAUUUUGAUAAGUCGUAAUUGAUUAAUGUAUUAUAUAAAUUCUUUUAUCUUCCUGGUUAAUUCUGUAGAUUUUGAUUUUCUAAAUUAACAACAAAUUUUAAUAUAGUUCUGAAACUAUUUUCUUGUGACAUUUCUAUAUUAUCUACUUUAUUUAUUGGAAAUAAACCAAACUUCUAGUUGAAAAUACAUUAUUUCCAAUUAAAAUUGGUAGUUUAUUCGCAAAAUAUAUAGUUGAUAACAACAAUUUUGCUUUGAUUAAAAGCUUUGAAUUUAGCCUAUUUCGUUUAAAUGAAUUAUUGAUCCUGUAUAAAGACGGUUUUACAUGAUGCUAUUUUCAUGCUAGGCAAGAGCCAUGCAAGACAGAUUAUGCAACUGCGCAUGCCCACGCGCUAUUUCCAUGCAAUUCCUGUGCUAGACAAAAAAUUAAAACGUGUUCUAUUUUUCACGCUAUUUUGAUGCAGUUGUCAAAUUUCAUGUCGCCAAUAUAACAAAAUUUAUAGUUUAGAAUAAAAGUUAAUCUUAUUGUGUAAAUUUAAAUGUUAUUUAUUGGAAGUAAUGAUAAUUUGGGAUUUAUACUUGAAUAUAUUUUUAAUGCUGGACUGAAAUUUCCAAGUGAAAUAUCUAAAGUUAAUGUUUUGGUAUAUUUCUUUUGCUGGCAACAAUGAAAGUGGUAGCAAAAAUUGCACAGAAAUAGCUCUGAUGUAAAAAGGUCAGGCUAGGCAAGAGAUAUGCCAUGUAAGACGGACUUGCAUAGCCUAAAUGUAAAGCUGCUUGAAGACAAAAAAUUCUACGUAGACACACUGUUGAUCAGUGUGUUAAUUACUAUGAAUUCUAUUGGUGAAUAUUUCCAAAUAAUUUAGUAUGGCAGACACUGUAAACAAAUUAAAAAUGUUUUCUCGACUAGGCGUUUGUAAUAAUGUUGUUUCCUAAAUUUCAAAAAAUUCUAGAAAAGUUGACUAUUGUUUAUGAUGUAAAUUUUGGAAAUGUCGGUUUAUAUUUUUGUUUUCUAAAAUUAUCAUUAUGUACAUAAGAACUAUGUACCAUAUACGUACAUGUUUUAAUUUGUUGAUUUUUAUUUUAUAUUCUUGGAAACUAUUGAAUAAAAUGAAUAUUGAGGAGUGAGAUAUAUUCGGAA